AUGCUGGAUGUUGCACAAGAGAAUCUUUGUUCAUCACGUGCAUUGCAAAUCAACCAAGGCCAAUCCCAACACGACCGACUUCAACAACAAUACAACUAUGUGCCUUUCCACUGGCAGAUACCUCCGUCAGUCAUAGGAACAGAUUCAGAUAUUCACAAGCCUCUACCAGCUGCAGAUAAAGACAGAGAUUUUCAACAUCAACCAAUAUAUGUGAUAAAAUGGGAUGAUGGAGCUCUCGUCUACUGCUAUUAUCCAAAACGUGAAUUCCAACAACACCCGAUGUCACCUUGGCCAACGGAUGUUUGCCGCAAGCACACAGAUAUAAGUAAGGAGACGACAGAAUCACACAGGAACUCAGGUAGCGACCCCGAACCGGUUGACGAGCGAUGUGAGACUGGCGUGGCAGCGACACUCAAACUGCACAAUAGAGACUUUCCCGAGGGCAAUGUUUCUAAAGCAAUGUCGCAUGCCAAAGAAGACUCACCGGUAGAGUGUGCCGUCGCUUCGGACGACGACGACGCCGACUCCAGUCCGAGACAAUCUGGCAAGAAACCGCGCAGUCACAGAGGUCGACGCAAGAGACGAAAGUCUGGUACACGCAAAGCUUGA